GUGCGUAAAGUGACAGUGUUAUAACCUAAAUGGUGGAAUUUGGCGUUUGGUGUUCAUGUACUUUUUCUGUAUAGCGUAUUUUAAUACAAUUUGCUUCAAUGUAUAAACCACCGUUUCUGUUUAAGAAUAUCAUUCAAAGUACCAACUCCAGAGUACUUAAAAAAAGCUUAUCAAACCGUUCACACCCAAAUAAGCUUAAUCUUCAAAAAGUGUUAGUAUUAACGAAACUCUCUCUUUAUGAGUGCGAACGAAAUAGACAUAAAACUCUGACAGAUGAACAAUUUGAAAAUGAAUUACGGAAAAAUGGGUUGGAUUUCGAUAGGCUGUCAUACUUCUAUCACCUUCACAAGGAUUUUGAAUUAAAAGUUAUCAAAAAUUUGAAAGCUGUUGCUACUGAUAUUAGAGUGGUUAAUAGAAUGAAUUAUUCAAAUGAGGCUGUUGAAUGGGCGGAUGUAGUAAUACCAACCGGAGGUGAUGGUACUUUUUUGCUAGCUGCUAGUAAAAUUAAGGACAAUAAAAGGGCAGUGAUCGGAUUUAAUUCAGAUCCUACAAGAUCAGAAGGACAUUUGUGUCUGCCGAAACACUACUCGGAAAAUAUAAGCGAUGCACUUGAGUUGUUAAAAAAGGGACAAUUUUCUUGGCUGCUGCGCACUAGAAUCAGAAUGAAAUUAUUGGGUCAGACAUGUCCGGUAAUUCCGACACAUUUGCAUGUAUAUGACAAAAAUUGCAAUUAUGAGCCAUUUACGAAAGAGCACGAGCUGAAUCAAAGUAACGAAUACAUUUUGCCGUACUUAGCUUUAAAUGAGGUUUUUAUAGGUGAAUGUUUAUCUGCUCGCGUGUCUUAUUUAGAGGUAACUUUAAAUGGCAAUGAACGACCAACAAAUAUGAAAUGUUCAGGAUUGUGUGUAACCACCGGUACGGGUUCAACUUCGUGGCAUUCGAGUAUGAAUCGAGUUUCAACUGAGUGCGCUGCUGAUCUCAUCAGUCUCAUUAAAACGGAUUCAAAGGCUAAUAUUCAGGAGCUUGCUGAAGCUGUGAGCGCCGAAUACAACAAAAAAUUAAUUUUUGAACCAGGCGACACCCGACUUAGUUACACAAUUCGAGAUUUGAUAUCGGCUGCAGUAUGGCCCCAGCCGAAAGGAAUACGAUCUAGAGACUUCUGCACGUCAAUUGCUAUUAAAUCUAAAUGUAUAGAUGCAUGUUUGGUAAUCGACGGCGGGGUGUCUUUAGACGUAUCCAAUGGGGCCACAUUAAUUUUGACUACAAAUCCUCAAGAUACCCUUCGUACUGUCAUUCUACCGGAUUAAGUGUACAAACUACAUUUUAACGUAAAUGGUGUGGGAAUUUUUUAUCCCUUAAGUGUAAGUGAAAAAAAUGCGUGAUUUUAAUGAAAAAACAUGUGAUUCAAUAAGCGACAAUUGUUAUUAUUUUAUUGUCUUUUUGUUAAAGUAGGAAAUAAUCCAUUAUUUAUACGCAAUAGGAAAUGGUAAAUGCUUCAUGUAUUUUUAAGCAAUGGGAAUGCCAAUUUUGUAAUUUGUACAGUGUAGAUGUUAAAUACAAUUAUUUUAAUUAUCAAAAAUGCCAGUUGAUAACAUUCGUA